CAUAAAGCCCUCUCCGACAGAGUUCAGUUCAGCUCAGCUCAGCUCAGCUCGGUUCAAUUCCAUUCUUCUUCUUCUUCGAUCCUGCAACAGUGACCUUUUUUCUGUUGAUCAACCAUGUCUUCAUCGGAAUCUAAACAAACCCCUUCAUCCUACCAUUUCGAAACCCCUCUUCUCGACGCCCAACACCCCUCCUUGCUCCACUCAAUCUCCGACCAAGGUGGCUACGCCUUCGUCACCAUGGCGGCUCUCGCAGCUGCCGGAGACUCAUGCGCUGCCGAAACCGCCGCCGAUAUGGCCUGGGAACAGCUUCACUCUGGCCCCUCAUCCUCUGUUCUCCCAAUCUGGCGUGAUGCCUACUCCAUGGCUUGCCUCUACAUGGCGAGGCUCCAUUUUUCUGGUGGAGAGUUUAAGGAGGCAUUAAGGGUUUUGGAUAUGGGUCUGAUCAUGGGUGGUUCGCGUUUGAGGAGUGAUUUGGAUUCUGCCAUUGCUAAGGUCUCUGCCGAGGCCAGGAUUGUUAGGGUUUUGGAUGGUCAUGUGGAGAGCUCGUUGGGUUGUGAUGAGUGUAAUGAAGAGGUUGCUUGGAAUUUGCCUGUAAAGUCUCUUACUAAUAAGAUGGUUGUGAAGAUGUCUGGUUUAUCUCUGGAGGGAUUCUUGCGUGAAUAUUUCCAACCUGGUUUCCCUGUUAUUGUUAGUGAUGGUAUGGCGCAUUGGCCUGCUAGGACGAAGUGGAAGAGCUUGGAUUACUUACAUAGGGUUGCUGGUGAUCGUACAAUUCCUGUUGAGGUUGGGAAGAGCUAUUUACGCCCACAAUGGAAACAACAGCUCAUUACAUUUUCCGAAUUUCUUGACAGGAUUCAGUCCAAUGAUCCUUCUCAUGAUAUCACAUACCUUGCUCACCAUCCAUUAUUUGACCAGAUAAAUGAGCUUAGAGAGGACAUUUGUGUUCCUGAUUAUUGUUCUGUCGGUGGUGGGGAGCUAAGGUCUCUUAAUGCUUGGUUUGGCCCAGCUGGGAUAGUAUCGCCUUUACACCAUGAUCCUCAUCACAACAUGUUAGCUCAGGUUUUAGGCAAAAAGUACAUUAGGCUUUACGAUGCUUCGUUGUCCGAGGAACUUUACCCGUACACUGAAACUAUGCUUUGCAAUUCCAGCCAGGUCGAUCUGGACAACAUCGACAAGAAAGAGUUUGGAAAGGUGGUGGACUUGGAGUUUGUGGACUGCAUUCUAGAGGAAGGGGAGAUGCUUUAUAUCCCACCAAAAUGGUGGCACUAUGAUGGCUAUCAAUGACCCAAAACACUAACAAAGUGAGUUUAAAUUCAUUGCCCUCGCUAGAUUAACUCAAAGCUCGGCCUCUCUCCCUCGUUGAUUGAUCGUUUGAUCACUAUUGACUUUGUUUCUUCGUAGUUGUUCAGUCACAUCUCUUUGUUCGUCUAUCAUAUGUCCGAACAUGUGUCUCUGAACUGUCACCAUCUCUGUGGUUAAUCAGUAUCCAAGGAAGUUGUUGUUGCAUCUCAAGCAGAAUCGUUGUAGCUCGCAUUCAAAGCCUCUAAUUAUUGUAGGCUUUGAA